AUGGAGGCUAAUACAAAAGUAAAGAAAUCAUUGGUCGGUUGGCAGCAACGCAUCAAGGACGAGGAGAAAGCAGUGCUUGAAGACAGCUCGAAGCCCGCUGAAGAAAAGAUUCUAGAGGUCUUCGGGUUCAAGCUGGAUUUUAGGGAUUUUCCCUUUGUGUACGUUGCCGAAACGCGUGACAAGGCUGUUGACGGAGUCGACAAGUCAAGAGCAGCGAAGACUGGUGUUAAAGUGGGAGAUGCAGUCUUGCAGAUCCAGAACGAACGUAUCAC